UGGUUUUCCUACGAGAUGAGCAAAUCUCAGAAAAGAACACGCCUACACUUGGACGACGGCGACUCAAAAACCCCGGCCACUAAAUCCACCGUGUACGGCGGCGAUCCUUACCCUUCACAUCUUAGACCUACAUCUGACGAAUGUCGAGACGUAAGGGACGCUCUGUUGUCUCUCCAUGGGUUCCCUCCCGAGUUCGACAGUUACCGUCGUCAGAGACUCCGAUCAUCCUCCGCCGUAGAUGGUUACCAUACUCAUUGUACGAUGAAAUCGGAGCCGUUGGAAGCGGCGAACGAUGAGAAGGAUGAGAUCGAGGAAACUGUGCUUGAUGGGCUGGUUAAAAUUCUUCUCUCCCAGAAUACGACUGAGAUCAAUUCCCAAAGGGCAUUCGCUUCUCUUAAAGCUGCAUUUCCGAAAUGGGAAGAUGUUUUGGGUGCUGAGCCAAAAUCAAUUGAGAAUGCUAUAAGAUGUGGAGGAUUAGCACCCAAAAAGGCUGUAUGUAUCAAAAACAUCUUGAGCCGUUUGCAGAGCGAAAGAGGCAGAUUGUGCUUGGAGUAUCUGCGUGGUUUAUCAGUAGAAGAAGUAAAAACCGAGCUCUCUCAUUUCAAAGGAAUAGGACCCAAAACGGUUUCUUGUGUUCUAAUGUUCAAUCUCCAGCACAAUGAUUUCCCUGUAGACACCCAUGUAUUUGAGAUCGCAAAGGCGAUAGGUUGGGUCCCAAAAACCGCAGACAGGAACAAAACCUAUGUUCAUCUCAACCGUAGGAUCCCCGAUGAGCUCAAGUUUGAUCUGAACUGUCUGUUAUAUACGCAUGGAAAGCUCUGCAGCAAUUGCAAGAAGAAUGUUGCUAAACCAAAGGCAAAGUCAAAAGCUAAAGUAUCUUCCCCUGAUGAUUGCCCUCUUCUGGGGUUUUCCGGUUUAGUCUAGAUAGCCAGAAUUAUAACUCGUUUUACUUUGGUUUGGUUAUGGCCCCUUAAGGACACAAUUUUUUCUGCUUGUAUUAAUCUGAGCUUAUUUAAUUGUAGUUUUUUUUCUUAA